AAACCCCACUCUCUACAUUCUCAUUCAUCACCGAAUACACACAAAACCACUGUGAAAACUCUCUCUCUCUCUCACUCUCUCUUUCUUAUCUCAUUCUCUUUUGUUUGGUUGUUCUGAGUUUCGGAUAUGGGUGUGACGCUCCUACCAGAUCUCGGCACCGAGAUUCUGAUUCCGGCCUGCGCGGUCGUCGGAAUCGCUUUCUCGCUCAUCCAGUGGCUGAUCGUCUCGAAAGUCAAGGUCACUCCCUCGUCGGAGCACGCUUCUGCCAACAACGGCGCCGGAAAGAAUGGCUUCGCCGACCACCUCAUCGAAGAAGAGGAAGGACUCAACGACCACAGCAUCGUUCUCAAGUGCGCCGAAAUCCAAACCGCUAUCUCUGAAGGAGCAACCUCCUUUCUAUUUACCGAAUAUCAGUACGUUGGUGUUUUUAUGGCGGCUUUUGCUGUAUUAAUAUUCCUCUUCCUUGGCUCUGUGGAGGGUUUCAGCACCAAAAAUCAGCCUUGCACAUAUGACGAAACCAAGACUUGCAAGCCUGCUCUUGCAACUGCUCUCUUCAGUACCAUAUCAUUUGUGCUUGGUGCUGUCACUUCAGUUGUUUCUGGCUUCCUUGGAAUGAAAAUUGCUACCUAUGCAAAUGCCAGAACCACAUUGGAGGCAAGAAAGGGUGUUGGGAAGGCAUUUAUCACUGCAUUUAGAUCUGGUGCAGUCAUGGGCUUUCUCCUUGCUGCGAAUGGUCUCUUGGUGCUUUUCAUUGCCAUCAAUCUCUUUAAGAUGUAUUAUGGUGAUGAUUGGGGAGGUCUUUUUGAGUCUAUCACUGGUUAUGGUCUUGGUGGAUCUUCCAUGGCUCUCUUUGGAAGAGUUGGUGGGGGUAUCUAUACUAAAGCUGCUGAUGUUGGUGCUGAUCUUGUUGGCAAGAUUGAAAGGGACAUUCCAGAGGAUGAUCCAAGAAAUCCAGCUGUCAUAGCUGAUAAUGUUGGUGAUAAUGUUGGGGAUAUAGCUGGCAUGGGAUCUGAUCUAUUUGGCUCAUAUGCUGAGUCUUCCUGUGCUGCCCUUGUUGUAGCUUCCAUCUCCUCCUUUGGGAUCAAUCAUGAGUUCACUCCGAUGUUAUAUCCUCUUAUUGUCAGUUCUGUGGGUAUCAUUGUUUGUUUGAUUACCACCUUAUUUGCAACUGAUUUCUUUGAAAUCAAGGUUGUGAAAGAAAUUGAGCCAGCAUUGAAGAGGCAACUCAUCAUUUCAACCAUUCUGAUGACUGUUGGAGUUGCAGUUAUUAGUUGGGUUGCUCUCCCAUCUUCCUUCACUAUCUUCAACUUUGGAACUCAGAAAGUUGUCCAUAAUUGGCAGCUGUUCUUAUGUGUUGCUGUUGGUUUGUGGGCUGGGCUUAUUAUUGGAUUUGUAACUGAGUAUUAUACUAGCAAUGCAUACAGCCCUGUACAAGACGUCGCUGACUCUUGCCGUACUGGAGCUGCUACUAAUGUCAUUUUUGGCCUUGCAUUGGGCUACAAAUCAGUCAUUAUUCCUAUCUUUGCCAUUGCUAUUAGUAUUUUUGUUAGUUUCAGCUUUGCUGCUAUGUAUGGUAUUGCGAUGUCUGCUCUUGGAAUGCUGAGCACAAUAGCUACUGGAUUGGCAAUUGAUGCUUAUGGUCCCAUCAGUGACAAUGCUGGAGGCAUUGCUGAGAUGGCUGGCAUGAGCCACAGAAUCCGAGAGAGAACUGAUGCUCUUGAUGCUGCUGGAAACACCACUGCUGCUAUUGGAAAGGGUUUUGCAAUUGGUUCUGCUGCCCUUGUGUCCCUGGCGCUCUUUGGUGCAUUUGUGAGCCGUGCAGGAAUCUCAACAGUUGAUGUCUUGACUCCAAAAGUGUUUAUUGGACUGAUUGUGGGAGCGAUGCUUCCUUACUGGUUCUCUGCCAUGACAAUGAAGAGUGUGGGAAGUGCAGCUCUAAAGAUGGUUGAGGAAGUCCGCAGACAGUUCAACACCAUCCCAGGUCUCAUGGAGGGCACUGCCAAGCCUGACUAUGCUACCUGUGUUAAAAUCUCCACUGAUGCUUCAAUUAAAGAGAUGAUCCCACCCGGUGCCCUUGUCAUGCUCACACCACUUAUUGUUGGUAUCUUUUUUGGUGUGGAAACUCUCUCUGGUGUACUUGCUGGAGCCCUUGUUUCUGGUGUACAGAUAGCAAUCUCUGCGUCCAACACUGGUGGUGCUUGGGAUAAUGCCAAGAAGUAUAUUGAGGCUGGUGUUUCAGAGCAUGCGAAGUCCCUUGGUCCAAAAGGAUCUGAUCCACACAAGGCAGCUGUUAUUGGUGACACCAUCGGGGAUCCACUCAAAGAUACAUCUGGACCAUCACUUAACAUUCUUAUCAAGCUAAUGGCCGUUGAGUCACUUGUGUUUGCUCCCUUCUUUGCUACACAUGGUGGCCUGCUCUUCAAGUUCCUCAAAUCUCAGAAGUCAGAACCUCAAAACUCAAACCCAUCUCUCACCACAAUGCUCUCUCUCUCCUCUCUCCACCCCAACUCUUCACCACCACAACUCAACAACCCUUCGCUCUCCUCCUCCUCCUCCUCACUUUCUCUCUCUUCUUCACCUUCUCUCAAACCCACCACCACCGCCACAACCCCCAAAACCCUCCAUCUCCGCCGCAAACCUCUCCGGAUCCGAGCCUUAGACGCGGCGCAGCCCUACGACUACGAAACAAAGCUCGCUAUAACCCAUUUCCACACCACUCACCACCUCAAAAUCGGAAUCGUUGGCUUCGGCAACUUCGGCCAGUUCCUAGCCAAAACCCUCGUCUCCCAAGGCCACACCGUUCUCGCUCACUCUCGCUCUGACCACUCCCACGCCGCCAAAUCUCUCGGCGUUUCCUUCUUCUCCGACCCAAAUGACCUCUGUGAAGAACACCCAGAAGUCAUUCUCCUCUGCACUUCCAUAAUCUCCACCGAGCGCGUCCUCGCUUCUCUCCCUCUUCAAAGACUCAAACGCAGCACUCUGUUCGUCGAUGUUCUCUCUGUCAAAGAGUUCCCAAAGAGUCUUCUUCUGGAUAUCUUACCUCCUUAUUUCGAUGUCAUUUGUUGCCACCCAAUGUUCGGUCCCCAAAGUGCUAAGCAGACAUGGGAUGGUCUUUUCUUUGUGUACGAGAAAGCUCGGAUUACCAAUGAGGAUUCGAGGAUUUCACGGUGUGAUAAGUUUCUCAAUGUUUUUGCGAGAGAAGGGUGUGAAAUGGUGGAGAUGAGCUGUGCAGAGCAUGAUAAGUACGCGGCGGGUUCGCAGUUUAUUACUCACACGGUUGGGAGGGUGUUGGAGAUGUUGAACUUGGAGUCUACGCCGAUUAACACAAAAGGGUAUGAGACUUUGUUGAAUUUGGUGGAGAUCACGGCUGAAGAUAGCUUUGAUUUGUACUACGGCUUGUUUAUGUACAAUAAGAGUGCCAUGGAGAUGUUGGAGAGGUUGGAUUUGGCUUUCGAGGCUUUGAGGAGUGAGCUUUUUGGUCGGUUGCAUGGUGUGGUCAGGAACCAGUUGUUUGAUAAGGCACAGAAGGCGAAGAGUUCCUUGUUUAAUGGCAAUGGCGCCUGCCACAACUGGACUCAGAAUGGUGCUGCAUUGCAAUCUACUUCAUUGGCUACGAGGUCUCAGGAUGUCACUCAACCCUAUGAGUACAAAGGUCAGAUCUCCCAACCUAUUGAUGAUAGCUCAAAGCUAAAAGUUGCAAUAGUUGGAUUUGGAAACUUCGGACAGUUCCUUGCGAAGACGAUUGUACGCCAAGGACACACAGUUUUGGCUUAUUCUAGAUCAAACUACUCUGAUGCGGCUCAAGAAUUAGGUGUUUCUUACUUCUCUGAUGCAGACGAUCUUUGUGAAGAACAUCCUGAAGUGAUUCUCCUUUGUACUUCCAUUCUUUCGACAGAGCAAGUUCUCAAGUCAUUGCCACUUCAGAGAUUGAAGAGAAGUACUUUGUUUGUUGAUGUACUUUCUGUGAAAGAAUUUCCAAGAAGUUUGUUUCUUCAAUAUCUGCCAUCAUAUUUUGAUGUUCUCUGCACGCAUCCAAUGUUUGGACCCGAGAGUGGUAAAAAUGGAUGGAAUGGUCUUCCUUUUGUUUACGAUAAGGUUAGGGUUGGAAGUGAUGAAUCAAGAGUGUCACGGUGUGACAGGUUUCUUGAUAUUUUUGCACGAGAAGGGUGCCGGAUGGUGGAAAUGUCUUGUGCAGAACAUGAUUGGCAUGCAGCAGGGUCACAGUUCAUUACCCACACGAUGGGAAGGGUUUUGGAAAAGUUUGGGUUGGAGUCUACGCCAAUUAACACAAGAGGCUAUGAGACUUUGUUGAAUUUGGUGGAGAAUACUGCUGGGGAUAGCUUUGAUCUUUACUAUGGCUUGUUCAUGUACAAUGCAAAUGCUAUGGAGCAACUAGAGCGGUUGGAUCAUUCUUUUGAAUCAUUGAAGAAGCAGCUAUUUGGGCGUUUGCAUGGGGUUCUUCGGAAGCAGCUUUUUGGGACUGCAGAGAAGUUCCAAGUUUCAAGGGAAAAACCCAUGUUGCCAAAGCUUUCUCAAAGCAGUGCUGCACUGCCAUCUUCUUCAGAUACUCUUCAUGUCCAAAACAACUAAGUUCAAUGUUCCAGCCUUGGUGGCCUAUAAGGCUGUAAAGUCAAGGUAGACAUGGCCCUUGAGGGAGCAGAAUGGCAAAAAGCUAUUGGCUUAUCCAUGUUUUGAUUAGUUGAGUUGGUUAUCGCAUUUUUGCCCCAAGUCUUGAUUAGUUGGUUCACUGGAGGAUUUUUUGGCGACUCCUCCAUUUAGUUUCCAACUAAUUGCUGUUUGUUGUAUCAUUUAUUAGAGUAAUUAUAAUGGGUAAUUUAGAAAAGUGGAGUGAUCCUUUGACACGUUUCUUGUUCCCAUUUUGUGAGCUCUUGACUGUGAAGAAAUUCUUAUUCUUUGUCCUGGUUAGUUCAAUAAUUUUAUUUCCAACAGAGAUGUCUGAAUUGAAGUCCCCUUUCCCUAUUGUUGUAAUUAUUGAAUUAUCAGAAAAUGAUAAUAAUAAAUAAAGAGUUUGUGGAUAAA